UAGUAGUAAUUAACCAAUUAUCAAGACUAGUAUAUACUAAGUUCUCAUAUAUACCAUGUCUAAGAAAUCAGAACAGUUGACUGUAGUGGCAGCUGAGCCAAUUGAACAAAUCGAUGAGUCCACUAAGACUACCAGUGCCACUACCACCAACACCAAUACCAGUAAUACCACCACUACCAAAACUCUUGAUGAAGUACCAAUUAAUGAUGAUGAUACCGAGAAGAAAUCAUCAAUUGAAGCAGAACCCCAAGCAGAAGCAGGAGCAGGAGCAGAACAGGAAACAGAAGCACCUCCUCCAGCCAGACCUCCAAGACCAGUUGAUCCUAUUACUCAAGUAACUAAUGAAUUAAAAGAAGCAUUUCCUAAUAUUGAAGAGAAAUUAAUUACUGCAGUAUUAAUUGCUAGUCAAGGACAAGUUGAUCCAGCCUUUAAUGCGUUAUUAUACAUUUCAGAUCCAAGUUUUAAACCAGAAAUCCCUGUACCUCAAACAGAAGCUCUUGAACCAAAGACAUCAAUCACUAGUACAAAGCCUUCAAUAUUAAGUGAAGAUGAAAUUUUAGCUAGAAGAUUACAAAAGGAAUUUGAAAAUGAAGAAGCCAGAAGAAGAAGACGUCAUGAAAGGAAGAAGAAAUUAGGAAAUCAAAAUCCUAAUCAACAAUCUCAACAAUAUCGUGAAGAUUUUGAUGAUAGUCCUGAUGAAUUUGAUCAAAUUAAGGAAACUUUCUCUCAAGGUUUAGAAGAUGCUAGAUCCACCUUAAAUGGAUGGGUUAGUAAUCUUGCUAAACGAUUUGAUGGCAAUGAUAAACAAGGAAAUCAACAAUCUCAACAAUAUCAACAACAAGUUGGUGGACAACCUAAAUUAUUUGGAGCUUUAGGAGGUUCUCAAUUUAAUAGAAGAGGUCAUAAUAAAUUUGAUGAAGAUCCAGAAAUUUUAUCUAGUGAUUUCCAUCGUCGUAUUAGUUUAAAUGAUAAUGAAAAGGAUACUCCAUUACCAGGAUUACCUACAAGACCAACUGAUAAACCUUUACCUCAACAUCCACCACAAUCUGACUCUGAAGUAAUUAGUAGUGCUACGCCAUUAACUACUGGUGAUACUACUAAAUCAGGAAAGAAAUGGCAACCUUUAGAAGCUGAUGUUCCAGCCAAUUCUGAUGCCUUUUUAGUAACUGAUAGUGAGGAUGAAGAUACCACUACUGCUGCUACAACUGCUGCUGCUGCUGCUACUGAUGUUAAGAAGUAGAAGUACUUUUGUUACUGUUACCCCUUUCUCUAUAACUAUUACUAUAACUACAACUAUAACUACAACUACAACUAUAACUAUACCUGUUUCUAAUAAU